AUGGUAGACAAAGUAAAUGCAGAACUUAAAAGAAGAUUUGACGAGAAGAACAUUGUUAUGAUGCAAGGUGUUACUUCAUUGUGCCCAAGUUCUUCCAGCUUCCUAGAUGAAGAUUCGCUUGUGGCUUUUGCAAAGUUAUUUAAUGUCAAUACCGAUUGCCUACGCUGCGAAAUAGCAACCUUUCAUCACUUGCUUAAACGAAAGGACAAGGAAGAUCACCCAAAAGGACUUCUUCAGAUGCUAUCUUACCUGGAGACGUUAAAGGAAGCAUUCUCCGAGCUGCAUCGCAUUGUUCUGAUUGCCUGUACUUUACCUGUUUCAUCAGCUGAAUGUGAAAGAAAUUUUAGUUCAAUGAAGCUGAUAAAGAAUGAACUCCGUUCAGUAAUGAAACAGGAGCGUCUGGAUAGCCUUAUGAUGUUGGGAAUUCACCGCGAGCGAGGAGAAAAACUGGACUUAGAUAACGUAGUAGAUAGGUUCAAAGCCAGAUUUCCCAAAUGCAGAAUUUCUCUUUGAAUUUGGAUGGAUUUUUCUGUGGGAGUUUUUUUUUUUAUAUAAACAUAUUUAUUUAGACACAUUUUCUCCAAGAGCUCAUAGCUCAUCGUGGGAGCUCAUAGCUCAUCAUGGAUAAUAACUACACUUCCUAAAAUUUUAUGUUUCCGCGAGGGACACACGUGUCUGAACUUCCUACUGUAUAAACUUUGUAUAUUGAUUCGUAUAUUUUAUAAAGAACACAUUAUGCUUGCUCAAUUGUAUAUUUUAGUUACAUAAAAUAUGUUAGUAUGUAUUCAUUAAUUUCUACUUUAAUACGCAUAACCACGAAAAAAUUUGCAUAG